AAUGGCUGCAGGUUACUGAUUCUUUUUGUUUUAUUGUUAUCGGGACAGGUGUUUUGAUGUCUGCACAGCGAUUGUCUCUCUUGCCAUGUCUGCGUACUGUCCUGAGCUGCGGGGUUCUCAUGCUGGCUGCUCUGACAGACUUAACCUCAGGCAGGAAUUGCUCCCACCCGAUCAUACCCGAGCAUGGAGGUUUCCGCUGUGAACCCUCUCCCUGUCGUGGUUUCCCUCAAAAGAGCAUCAUUCGCUUCUUCUGCGAGCCCGGCUACACUCUACUCAAACGCCACCAUUGGUCAAAGUGUCAACGUGGGGAAUGGCAUCCGAAAGUGCCCACCUGUACACCCCGAUCAGAGAUUCCUGUCGGACAACAAGAAAAAAUGGACUCUAUCCCAAGUGUGGCUACAACUGCUAUUGGAGUGUCCAUCUUCCUCUUCACAACAACAGCCUGUUUGGUCAUCAAAUCCCGUCUACUCUCCUGCGGAACGCAACGGCGUUCCUCAGACCAGUUGGACCUUGUGGUGGAUGGUUUACCUGUAUCUCUUCCCACAUAUGAGGAGGCAAUCUACGGCAGUUGGGGCCAGCGACUCCCGUCGUUCCGUGGACCCACUCAGCUCCUAUUGGCCCAGGACGCAUCAGAACACAGUCCGCUGACUUCGCUCAUACGGUCCGAUUCGAAUCGUUGCACCGACACAGUUAAUCAGAGCACAGAGAAUCUGCCGCCACCUUAUGAAGAGGUCCAAUCAAGAUCCAGAGACACUGGGAACGACAGUGACGAACGGGCUUUGCAAAGUGCACUUUCUGAUGAUAAAAACAACUAAUUACUGGACUAUAAAUAUUCUCACCUUUAGCUUUUUGAUUGUUCAUUUCAUUGCACUGGAGUCCUUGUGACUUUUCUUUCAACCUUUGAUUGUGGAUUCAUCCUUUUGUGGCU